GUCCACCAUCGGUGUAUCCUGCGGUCAGUCGGCAUCCCUCUCACCCGAUUCAAAUCGACAAGACAGCUGCUGGAGGCUAUUCGGGACGCCGUCGAAGGGCACAAGGCAAUGAACGAGAACGGUGUCAUGCAUCGCGACAUCAGUGUGAACAAUAUCUUGAUCAGCGCAGACCCGGACAAGGAAGGGGGU